UGAUGAACUAGAAGAGAAGUUCAGCUCGAAGUUUGCAUCAUAUAAUGAUAUGUAACUAGACGGAAAUCGGAUAGAGGCAUAUUUAGUCUAAUACACUAUCGAUAAGAACCACGAUUAGCCUCGUCGAUCUCUCAAAAAUAAAUUGCCCCACCAUAAGCUUAGGCCAAUCAACUACCAAACUUGGUCUCCAGCUCAAAAAUCUCCCACCUCAGCCUUGCGACUGAAAUCCGAUACAUCAACGUCGGGGGAUAGCAAGUGAAGUCUUUAGUAAAAGGCCUGGGUCGACAGAUAAGGGACACUAUACCUGUGUAGUUUCAAUCCAAACCGCGGCGCAUCUAGCCCGCGGGACUGCCAUCCUUCCAACAUAUCCCACCCUGCCAAACUACCUAAACAGCCAUGUCCUCGACAACGCAACACCUCCUCCUCUCGCCCGCCGAGCUCGCCUACCUGCACAGCACGCUGCGCCUGACGCCCCCCGUGCGCCCGGACGGCCGCACGGCGACGCAGUUCCGGCCGCUGACGGCCGAGACCGGGGUCCUGCCCGGCGCCAACGGCAGCGCGCGCGUGUGCUUCGCGGACGGCACCGAGGCCAUCGUCGGCGUGAAAGCCGAGGUCGAGAAGCGCGCCCGCGUUUCUUACUUGGACUACUUCUACGAGAACAAGGAGCUGCGACGGAAGCAGAAAGGCGGUGGUGGAAGAGAGCAGGCGGAGGAGGAGAAUGAAGUAGUAGAAGAAGGGAAAGAUGGGGGAAGUGGUGCGGGCUCGAACGACUGGGUCGAGAUCACGGUCGAGAUCCCCGGGUACCGCGACGACGACAGCAGCACCGUGUUCCUGGCCACGAUGCUGAGCGAGGCGCUGCUAGCCGACGGCGAGUUCACUCAGAAGUUGCGCAUCAACCGGCGGUUUCACUGGAAGUUGUACAUCGACAUAAUCCUCAUCUCCCCGCCUCUAUCCUACCCCCUGCCCCUCCUCAGCCUAACGACACACCUCGCCCUCCUCGCGACCCGUCUGCCCCGGUUAAAAUCCGAGGCGGACGAGGACCCCAUGUUCGACGACGACUGGGCCGCCUCGCAGUUCAUCUACCCGCGAAAAGCCGGCGUGCUUAGCUCGCGCCCACCGGUCACGUUGCUGGUCAUGGCCGUGGGCGAUAACAUCAUAUUCGACCCGUCGAAAGAAGAGCUCGCCGUUGCGGAUACCGCGCUGGCGGUUUCUGUAGGAGAGAGAUUGUCACCUAUGGACGAGUCGCAGGAGGCGAUGGACGUGGAUGGUGAAGUGGGAAGUAGCAGACAGUUACGCCUGCUUUCCGUACGAACAAUAGACCCGCCCUCGCGGCUAACAGCUCCCGGUGUGCCGAACGCGGUGAACGCGGCGGCGUGGGGUCAGAGCGCGGGGGCGGCGAAGGAUCCGGGUGCAAGGGCGGCGGAGACGGAUAACGUGGAGGGCGUGUGGAAGGCACCGAGGGGAGGGGCUAAGAUGGCCGUCCUAGGAGCUAUGGUACAGAAGGUGUUGGAGAAGGGGGGCGUUGCGGACGAGGUCCUAGAAGGUCUAGAUGCUGUCGACUUGGGAUAGAUCCGUGCAAUUACCGAUACCAUGAACUUUUAAUGCAAUAUCAAACCAAGGUUACGCCUUGUCCUUGUCCCGAAGCAGAGAUUCAUCCACCUAUGGAGGCCGUGAACAACUACUGCUUCCUGUCUAUAACCUUUUCUGCUUCUUUUGCGGUACCCCUCAUAUUGCCCACUAUUCUAAAAUAUCCCGAACCACUUUUUGCGCUUCCCAUCCGGUGUGGAUUCGGCAGUCGGAGCAGCUUCCGGCACAACGACCGGAACAGUCUCCGGUUCAGAUACCGGCUUGCCGCUGCCGCUGCCGCUGCUGCUAUUCCCGAAGAACCCCUGCGUGGCGUCCAAGCCGUGCGCUUUGCGGUACUCGGCCCGCUUGGCUACGUCGUCGACCCGCAUCCUGCGCUUCUCGGCUGUCACGGCGGCCUCGUGCUCCUCGUGCAUACGCAUAACAUCGAAAACUACCCCGAUGUACUGAAACGGAUGUCGCGGGAAUUCGGAAAUGGGCGGAAUCAGGUCAGCGAACGGCGACUUAGCGUUGAAGUUCGCUAUGAAAGUGUAUAGGGCCAGAGAGGUAAGGGUGCCCUAGUAAAAGGUUAGAUCAAGAUUGAGGAAUUCGCGGAUGGCGUAUGUAACGUACCAGGGUGAUGAAUAGAUGGAUA